AUGGAUCGCGGCUUCGCGAUUCUUGACAUCCAUUACUGCUACGCGGAAGACAGCGGCGACUACUGCUGUGUUGUCACCAACUCAGCUGGUUCAGUGCAGAGCAACGUCGUACAACUCAGUUGCCGUCCCGGAGUUGGAGUUGUGACAGAUUCUGUGCUCUCGGAGGACUCAAUUUCCUACCUCCGAAAUCUGGAUUCUAUGGAUAACUCAACGAUGGCUUCGUAA